AUGACCGAAGUCAAGCCGAACAGCACGUUGUACAUCAACAAUUUGAACGAGAAGAUCAAAAUCGACGAGCUGCGUAAAUCGCUCGUCGCCGUCUUCAAACAAUUCGGCGAAAUCGUCAGUGUGAUGUGCUUUCGAACGCUGAAAAUGCGCGGACAAGCUCAUGUCAUUUUUAGAGAGGUUCGUGUUCGAAUUUUCAAUAAAAAGCUGACAAAUUCAUAGUUAAUUUCUAGGUCUCCUCCGCGAUCGCCGCCAAAGAAGCGCUCACAGGAUUCCCGUUCUACGAAAAGCCGAUGGUAAAUCUCCAAAUUCAAUCGAUUUUUACCUGAUAUUUUGAUAUUUAGAAAAUCCAAUUCGCUCGCGAGGAUUCUGAUGUGAUUGCCAAAGAAAAAGGCACUUACAUCGACCGAGAGCCCAAGUAUUUGUCGCAAAAAGUGCAAAAGAAGCCAAAGAGCAAGAAAAGGGACAACGGAGGCGACGGACCGGCCCCGCCCAACAAGAUUCUCUUCUGCACGAACCUUCCGGAAACGGCGACCGCCGAAAUGCUCGAAAUCAUGUUCAACCAGUCAGUUUCCGCCUGUUUUUGUGAAAAAAUGCAAUAAUUGUCAAUUUUCAGAUUCUCCGGCCUCAAGGACAUCCGUAUGGUUCCGAACCGUCCGGGAAUCGCGUUCGUCGAGUUCGACACCGAUUCGCUGGCUAUUCCGGCGCGAACGACCCUCAACAACUUCAGAAUCUCGGCGGAGCACGUCAUGCGAGUGGAUUACGCCAAAAAAUAA